AUGUCAAGCCAAUCAGAAGAUGAAAGUGGUGUGCAUCCUAUGGUAUCUAGUUUACUUGGUCAAAAAUUUGUUCCGAGAGCAGCAGGGGAGGUGUUUAAAUAUACUAGAGAAGAAAUGAUACGUAUGAGUCAACUACCUCUCAGCACGGACCGACCAGAUUACCUUUCCACUGAUUUCGAUGGUGAGGAUGGAAAGUUUUCUCCUUUCAAAUGGUUAGAAUAUAAAUGGGAAGUGGAAGGAAUAAAGAAUAAAGCUCCAAUGAAGAAGUUGCAGGAACUUCGUGAAGGUGAAGAUAAUGCAGGUUUGUCCCCUCAACGACGGGGUUUCUCGGGCGGUUGUAGAGCCCCUCCUUCAGAAGACAAGCGUGACAAAGAUGGUGGUUCCAAAGAAGAAGGUUGGAGUACGGUUGAUAGUCGUAAUGAAAAUAGAGACAGACUAGGUUCAAGUGGUACGAGCAAAUGGCGAAAUGGCGCUGGUGGCUUCGGAGAAAAGUAUAGUUCAAACAGUAAAAGCAAUGAUUUCAAAUUACCUUUCCAAAAAAAUGGAAAUGACAGAACUCGAUCUGGUGGAUGGAAAACGGUUGAUGGUAAAGAGAAACAGGGAGGUGCAUUCUCGAGCACCGGAAAGUUCAUACCUGCUAGAAAUUAUAGAAAUGAUGAUCGUGGAGAACGCGUUCCUGAGUGGGCUGAUGGUGCUACUACUAUGGACGAUAUGAUCGAACUUCGUGGAUUUGAAGAGCCCAGUAAAAAAAAGAAAGGUGGUAAAAAAGAUAAAGGCGACAAUGAACGUAAAGAGAAGAAAGAGGCCAAGCAAAGCUCGCGCCCCUCCUCUCGUGAAAAUCCUUCAGCUACAAAUCCUCAAAUGCCUACCAAGUUGCCAACAACUGAUGCUGAGUUUGCCGCUAUUCUUGGAUUAGACGCUACUCCUGAUGUACCUUUACUAGAUAAUGCUUCUGUUCCAUCGGGUAGUCGUUUGAGCAAAUUCUUCCAAAGAAAUUCUGAUCAUGGAAGUGCUGAUCACCGUUCUGGCUCAGGCCAUCAUUCUCAACAGCGUUCUGAAGAAACUGCUUCCAUAAUGGGUAAAAUAUUCGGAAAGACCCCGUCAUCAGGUGGACAAACGCCUAAUGCCAUGCCUAAUCAGGGUUAUCUGGCUCAUGGAAUGAGAUUAGAAGAUCUUGAACGAGAUAUUAGAAGCGAUAGAAAUACGGAUAGCGCUCACAAAGGAAAUCCACUUCAAGAUCCUGCCCAACAGGCUCAAUUCUUAAGUAAAUUGCAUAAUAUGGCUAAACAGCGAAUCAGAGAAGAAGAGAACUAUAAUGGUGCUAACAAUUACCCUGUUGGACCAAGCAAUGUUCCUCCUUUCGGUAACUUCAUGCCAGGAACCGGAUUGCCUCCAUUUGUCAAUCCUCUAAGCCACCCGAUGGUUCGUGCUCAGCUUCAGCAAGCAUAUAAUGCUCAAAUGCAACAGGCUGCAGCGCAAUCUGUUGCCCAAGGUGGGGAUGGUAUCCCUCAUCCACAAAUAGCCGAACGAAUUCGGGCGAAUGUCAUAGCUAAUUUCGUAGCUCACCAAAGACAAGCGGUAGCGGCUUUGGUUCAUCAUCAUCAUCAACAGCAACAACAACAGCAGCAACAACAACAGCAACAAGUUCAGCAACAACAUCCAGCUCAGCCUCAACCUCCAGCUCAGCCACAACCACAACCUCAACCGCAAUCUCAGAAUCAUCCUCAGCAAGCUCAACCAGCCAAGUCCUCUCGUGCUGCUCAUCCAGCUCGUAUGAUUCCUGCAUCAGUUCAGCGUCAAAUGAAUAAAAACAGCACCUCUGCUUCCGAAGAUAGAAAAGAGCGUGAUCAUGAAGAAGGUUCCGACAGAUCUCAAGCUGAUGUGCUUAAGAAGAUUGCUAUGCAACAACAGUAUAAUGCUCUCAUGAGUGCUAUGCAAACUGGAUUACCUAUGGCUGCUUGGCGUAAUCCCAGCCCUAACCAGUCAUUGCAAAUGCAAGCUCAGGCUCAGGCUCAAUUUACUAAGCAACAGGAGCAGUUGCGUUUACUCAUUCAAAACCAACAGGCACUUAAAUUGUUGCAAUUGAAUCAAGCACAAUCACAGCAUUCCGCCGGACAUCACAACGAACGUCAACCUUUCCCCAUGCCAAAUCAGGGGCAACCUAACGGACACAAUUUAGUUCAGAAUGAGCUUUCCCAGGUUGGACCAAUUCAAACUCCACUUGAAAAGAUAUUAGCUGCUGCCGGUGUUCCGGCAGCCCACUUUACGGGUUCUUCUGAUAGUCAGGCAAAUCGAUCCUCAAAUCUUAACUCGCAAAAUGUAAAUAAUCCUCAUGGAAUUCCCACCAAUGCACAACCUAUCAGUCUUGAGGAGUUGGAGCGUCAACUCACAGAAACGAAGUAG